UUUUGAAACCCUGAUGAGAGAUGCAAGUCCUUAGCUGCGUACUAACACAACCCAGGCAAAAUUAAUCAGUCCUUUGUGUAGGUGGAAUGAAUCUUAUUGGAGGUGGACUUGUGUUCCUAACUUAUUGGGGGUUUUCUCUUUCUUUCUCUCUCUCCCCUCCCUCCUUCUCCUUUUUUAGGUGUUGUGUUAAUGCGCAAAGAUGGCCAGCACCACACAGAUAUCCAAAGAUGAGCUAGAGGAACUCAGGGAGGCCUUCUCCAAAGUUGAUCUCAACAGCAACGGUUUCAUCUGCGAUUAUGAGCUGCACGAACUCUUCAAGGAAGCCAAUCUUCCGCUCCCGGGAUACAAAGUCCGAGAGAUCAUUCAGAAGCUGAUGAUCGACGGAGACAAGAACAAAGAUGGAAAGAUUAGCUUUGAAGAGUUCGUUUACAUGAGGAGAAAUACGCCUUUGUGAACUGGAUCAACAAAGCUUUGGAAAACGACCAGGAUUGUAAGCAUGUCAUUCCCAUGAACCCAAACACAGAUGACCUCUUCAAAGCCAUGGGGGAUGGCAUCGUCUUGUGUAAAAUGAUCAACCUCUCCGUUCCCGACACCAUUGAUGAACGAGCCAUCAACAAGAAGAAGCUCACCCCAUUCAUAAUUCAGCCGCUUCCUGGCCCCACCCAAGAUUUAACUGUGAUCUCUCUCUCUCUCCCUCUCCCCCUUCUCUCUCCUCCAAUCUCCUCCUAUCUCAUCAAACAGCUGGAAAACUGCAACUAUGCGGUUGAUCUAGGAAAGCAUCCCGCCAAGUUUUCGUUGGUUGGCAUUGGAGGACAGGAUCUCAACGACGGGAACCCGACCCUCACCCUGGCUUUGGUCUGGCAGUUGAUGAGAAGAUAUACUCUGAAUGUCCUGGAGGACCUUGGAGAUGGUCAGAAAGUCAACGACGACAUCAUUGUAAAUUGGGUGAACACAACUUUAAAGGAAGCCGGGAAAUCAAGUUCCAUCCAGAGCUUUAAGGUGGGUGAUUUGAGAUCUUCUUGUCGCAAAGACACUACUCCAAGCCAACCAGACACAUCACCAGCUGACCAGUUCUUCUCCAGUGACUGGGCUCCAACAUGCUCGGGCAUGUGGAUGGGGCCUCUGGAGCACCAUACCGAAACGCAAAGGCAGGCGCCUUCAACAGCAUCUCUUUGUAACUUAGGUGAAACUCGCGAAGAACGGACCUUCCGCAACUGGAUGAAUUCUCUCGGUGUAAACCCACACGUCAAUCAUCUCUACGGUGACCUCCAAGAUGCCCUGGUGAUUUUACAGCUCUACGAGAAGAUCAAAGUUCCCGUUGACUGGAACAAAGUCAACAGACCCCCAUACCCAAAACUCGGGGCAAACAUGAAGAAGGUGAUGGAGCCUGGCGGGGUUUCUAAACUAGCCAUUUUCGGUUCAGUUCAGCUGGAGAAUUCUGGGAGUUGAAGUCCACAAGUCUUAAAGUUGCCAAGUUUGGGAACCACUGCUUUAGCCCAUGUUGGUAAAAGAGUUCUGGAUGCCGUCCCAAAGAGCUGAUAGCUGAGUCCCACUCUUCCCUCCAGGCAGGAUUGGGCCAAAGAGCCAAUUUCCCCCCUUGAAUUCCGUGAAAUGAAGCUUCUCGUUAGGGAUAAAGAUCUCGCUUGGCUUAUAGAAAAGACUAGCUUUGUGUUGUGGCCCCCCAGUGGCCAGCAGAUUCGGACAGUGAGGAGGGUUGGGGAGGAACCUGAGCCAGUCCUGGAGUCCGG